CAGCAGGCAGCUCAGGGCCAGACACAGGUGAGUGGAGAAGCAGACGGUCCCUAGGAUACAAUCCCUGCCCAGUUUGGUGGAGGGAAAGAGAGAUGCUUCAGGAGACAGGGCCCCACCCUGAAACUCCACCUGGACAGGAAAGGCCAUGUGUCAUUCGGGCACCAGAUGCCCCCAAGGGACACACACACAGAGGCAGUGUUGUGAUUCACACCUCCACCCUGGUACACAUACACCGUUCCUGUGGUUAAUGUUGAUGUCCCAAAGCCCUACAAGCUAGUAACAGACUAUAGCUACAGAUCGAUGCUCUCUUCCCACGUGUGCUGGUCCCUGGGGGUGCGGGCAGAGAGGCCCCAGACCACACUCGCGCUCAACCCCCUGUCCUCGGCAGAGGCAAGCUGUCAAAUCUAGGACAGAGCAGGGCAAUCUUACUAUUUGAAGACGGGUGAAACCUCGCUUGUGGAAAGGACAGUUGAAGUGCACGGCUGUCUCCCAGGCCUGGCCCCAUCUCUGGCUCCUCUUUCUCCCCCAUACUCUCUCCCUUCUACCAAGCUCCAUAGUGAGACACCCUGAUUCUAACUUAGAAACAGAUUUUGGAGGAAAAAGAACAAGCAGCACUCUUGAGGAGUUUCAGGACGAUUCCUGAGGAAGGGGCAGCUAUUUUGGCAGCUCCCAGGCCCAGAAACACAGCCAGGGGUGACGGGGAAGCUAAGAGGGGAUUUCAAAUCCCACAGCCAUCAGACGUUGGGAGACGCAGAUCCGCACGAGCGAGCACCCACACAAGCUCCCGGUGGGUAGUGGAGUCACAGAUGCGCCAGACUGCAUCCCUCGAGUGCUGCUGUCAGCCGUGUGUUGGCACACACAGGUGUGCCAGGCCUCGGGAUGCACCCAGGUGUGCACAUAGGUCACCAAGAGGAAAGGAGGCAGAGUCCACAGGACCUGGGAGAUUUUCUGUCCCAAACCCUGUCAUUUGUCAAUGAGGACAUGUAGGAGAUGUGUCCAAGAUCUGGCUCCUGGGGCACCAUCCAACCUCCCCAGGAAUGGGGGAUACAGAGGAAGGAACUGAACACUGAGGGCAGAGCUGUUUCUGGAGAGUCCGAGCUUUCAGCAGGUCUUCUUUCUCUCUCUGCUCCUCUCUAGUUCCCUAUUCCUGACUCUUAGAGGGGGCUGGGUGUGGGCUGGGGGAGGCAUCAGGCCUGAGAUAGCAAUUAGAUCUGGCCUGCUGAUAACCUCACACUUCACCUGACCGCACCUGUGUGUUAGCCUGAGCCCAGCCUGGCCCAGUGGGGGAGAACCCAGCCAGAGCCGGCUCAGCUCCUCCAGGCCAGCCCCAAGUCGCACCAGCCUUCCUUUCCUGUUUCUCCUCUUCCUGUCCCAGGACCCGACCAGUUGGGGAGGGGAGCGUUAAAUUGGGGGUAAGGGAAAGAUAAGCUUCUCUGCAGUCCCAAAGGCCACUCCCCAGAUCCUCUGCCCCUCAGUUUGGUCGCAACUCCCACCUAUCUUCACACACACAUCUACGAGGACAGGCCCCAGUGAGAGCCUGAGGCACAAGCCCUCUGACCCGUCACUCUCACCUCCUCUCUCCCUACUGGGCUGAGGCCAGCCACACCCGCACCCCCCAUCCCCCACCCCCCAUGGAGGAGUCAGCAGCCACGAUGGUGGUGGUGGUGGUGGAGCUGCCCGUGGGUCUGAGCUAGACCCACACCUCCACUCCCUGCCGGGGAGGAGACCCAGAGGGAACACCCGUGCUCUAGGAAGGCUCCCCUCCCGGUUGUAACUCUGCUGCCUUCCCCCUCACACUCAGACAAGCCUAUUUCAGGCUCUCCUGGAAGCCUGGAUGCCUCUGGGAGCUGAGGAACUCCCAAGGCUGGCUGAUGAGGCUUCUCCCUGGCAGCACAGGCCUGGCUUGGGUGGGUCAGGAGUAAACACGAAGGGGCUGGGAGAGAAGCCAGGCAGGAGGAGCAGAGCGCAUGGCCCCUAGACUCCCCCGGUCCAGGAGAGAGACUCCCUGGGUCUGUCAUUCCUCAGGGCCAUAACCUGGAGCUGGGUGUCCGGGCAGGAGACUGGCAGGAAGCCAUCAAGUAAGGGUGGUCUGGGCUCCUUCCUGGCCCCACCACCUACUUUGCUGGGCAACCUUGGGCAUCAAUUCCUAAUCCAGAAUGUGUAGACAAAAGCAGUGCCACCCUCAGGAGAGCGUUGCAGGGACUAAUGAGAUCAUAUAGUAAGUGCUCAGUAAGUGUUCCCUGUUCUUUCCUCAUCAGUAAAAUGGGUAUAGUACCUGCUUAGUUUUGGCAAUUAAAUGAAGUAACAGGUGGACAUGCUCUGCACAUUGUAACGCACCAGGCAAAUAGAAAUCAGUAUUUUUAUUUCAGUGUAAAACCCCCGAAGUCUGAGAUCCUCAUUUAAGUCCGGAUUGGGUUUUUCACAUUUGUCCCUCAUUACAGCGCUUCUCCACAAAACCCAGUGUAUUUGCAGACUCCUCACCUCAUUUAUCCUCACCAGUAUACCUGUGAAGCAGCGAGCGGGAGGGACUCCUCUCACAUUUCUGCAGACAGGAGGCUGUGAAGUGGUUUGCCCAAGGUCACACUGGGCCUCCUAGUGGGGCCCUCCUGGGUCUCCACAUGGACUGUGUCCUGGUCACUCCCCUGCCACAGCACCUUUGUCACCCAGACGGAUGGCCUGGGCCAGAUGCUCUUUCUGCAUGUGUUCCAGCUCUCAGUUCUGAGACUCAACGCCUGGCCAAAGGGCUGUUUUGGCAAAUUCUCAGGUCUCUCUGGUAUCAGAAAGGGGGACACUCCAAAGGUGUGAAACAACCUGGAAAAGUAGGUCCCAGACAUUCCACACAUUUCCUGAGGCUUCAGUUCGUAAGUUUGAUCGAGUCUGCGUGGACGUCCCGUGACAUCCAGCCCCAGCUAGAAGAGGGAGUGCAGAUGUCAUCACAUCAUCCUGUAAACAGCAGGGCCCGGGGCCGGGCGAUGGGGCAGAGGCUCCGUGAGACCUGGGCUUGGUUGGGUCCCACAACCCAGUCCAACAGGCAGAGAGGGAAGAAGCAGUAGAUGGUGGCAGGGAACCCACGAAUGGCCUGGAGGGGAAAGCAGUAGCCCUGGGCCAGCCUGGGUGCUCAAGGAGAGGCAAGGCUGUUAUGGGCAAGAGCAAGGAAGGCCUUCCACCGGGAGGAAAGGACGGCUAGCAUGCCCGAGGAACGUUUUACCAGUGGUUCUUUGUGAACUUCCCGUCGGCCAAGCAGUACUUCAGCCAGUUCAAGCACAUGGAAGAGCCCCUGGAAAUGGAACGGAGCCCCCAGCUGCGGAAGCACGCCUGCCGGGUCAUGGGGGCCCUCAACACUGUUGUGGAGAACCUGCACGACCCCGAGAAGGUGUCCUCUGUGCUCGCCCUCGUGGGCAAAGCCCAUGCCCUCAAGCACAAGGUGGAGCCCGUGUACUUCAAGAUCCUCUCUGGGGUUAUUCUGGAGGUGAUCGCUGAGGAAUUUGCCGAUGACUUCCCAGCUGAGACGCAGAGAGCCUGGGCCAAGCUCCGCAGCCUCAUCUACAGCCACGUGACAGCUGCCUACAAGGAAGUGGGCUGGGUACAGCAGGUCCCCAACGCCACCACGCUGGAGCCAGGAGAAUCACAAGGACAUGUGCACAUGUGUGCACAUGCACGAGCCCACCCGGGGUCUGCGGAGGCGUCACUCUCACGCACACCAGCAAGGGCGGUUACUUCUGGGCUGACCCCGGAGGCCGGGUUCCCAGUUCUGGAGUGAGGGCCCGGAAGAUGGGCUCAAGGAGGGUGGCCAGCCUCAGUGACUCAGAGCACGAGGGGAGGGCUGGCCCCCAGACAUGGCGGCUGGGAACACUCCGGCCUCCCUGGGCCCCCAAGGGGCGGCUGGCUCUGGGAGCUCAAUGGAGGCAGGGCUGGAGUAGGAAGGAGAGAAAGAAGCAGAGGCGGGAAUGGGAAGCAGGGGUCAGCCAGCAGCUCAGGACACGCGUUUGUAGAGAAACAUUCCCAGCAGUUUCCCAUGGAAAAGGCGGGUCUCCUUCCCGGGCUUGCAGCUGGCCCGCGGAGCCUGCCGACCGCCUGCCAUAGGCCUUGCUUCAUGCAGCUCUGCGGAGGAGGUCCCCUGAGGGCAGCCCUGGGAGGCCAGGCCUCCUGACCUUCCUGCCGCUGACCACACUGGGCCCGGCUUGCUCCUGCUCCCUUCCCCCGCAUCGGCACCACCCCAGGAGAGCAGAGUCCCAGGAACUGCUGGCUGCAGCCAGGCAGCGACGCCAGAUGUGCACAGCUGGGCCCUGACCUGCCCGGACCCCGGGGUGGAUGGGAAGCAGGCAGGAGAUUUUUACCUGCCCGAGGAGGCGCUGGCAGAGCCGGGAUGGCUGCCGGAAGCAGCCAGAGGGGCCAGGGAGGGGUCAGUGGGGGGAAGGGGGCUUGCCCUCCCACGCCUCUCCCCAGGCAGGCUCUGCCGCCAAAGAUGAGUUUGUUUACAGCCAGGAGACAAGACUUCCUGCUUCUAGAGAAAAGGGCUUUUUUACAGGGGCCUAGAGGGACUGGUGAGAGAGAGAGCUGGCCGGCACAAGCCCCAGUGAAUCAGAAACACAUGGACAACGUUUCCCGACACGAAGCCCCAUCCCCUCCCCUCUCUUGCCCCAGCUGGACCCCUGGGACUUAAAUCUCGCCAAACCCCAAACAUUAGGAAACCGAUGAAAUCUUCUCCUCUGCUCGUUUCUGCUCUUGUGGACUGAAUGGAGAUGGGCAACAGUGGGUAGGGACUGGCUGGGGCCCUGCUCCCACCGGGGCCUAGGCACCUGGCAUUUGGGUUACCCCCCAGCUGUGACGUCGUGGGGAUCGUCCCCUCAUCCCUUUGCACUCUCUCCCACCCCCUGGUCCCCCUGAGGGCACGGUGUGGCCCCGAAGAAGGCAUAUCUCCCUAGGCCUGCAGACCCGACUUGCUGCCAAGGUCCAAAUGGGCUCAGAGGGUGGAGAGGGUUACAGAGCAGAAUUCUGGAAGGUCUCCCUCCGACUUCUCUUAUCAGGGGAGCAGUGGUGGGCCAGAUGCCACUGUUUACUGAACUGUCUCUGCUUAGGGGGCUGUGUGUGUUUUUGUGGGUCAGGGAAUUGGGAGGUUGGGGGCGCUGCAUGUGCCGAGAAUGCCUGUGGGUGGCCGGAAGGGGUACCCAGACAGGCCAACCAGAGUGCAUGGGUCUCAGAAUUAAUAGAAAAAGAGCUCACAUUUGUACGGUUCUUGGCAGUUUGUGAAACGCUUUCACAUAGUUGAUGUCAUAGAAUUCUCACAGAGGUAGGCGAGGCAGACAUUAUUCACAUUUUAGAGAAAAAGAUCUGGGGUUCAGAGGGGCCAAAUGGCUUGCCUGAAGUCACACAGCAGGUUCCUAGCAGAAGGGGAAUUGGAACUUGGGUCUAGUGGGUUGCUUUCAACUGCUCUGCACCGGGUAGCUGGCAGAUAGGGUGCUGCCUUGCCGUUCCCUCCCCUUCUCCCCUCCCUGCCAGGAUCCCGGGUCCCUCCCCGUGCCCCUUGUAACCUGUUACCUCCAUCUCCAUCUCAU